CAAUAAUAACUUUUACUCUCUGUGUCUUGCUUCUGUCUGCCUUGCUUAAUUCUCUUAUUGUGAUUGAUUUGAUUGUGAUUAAGACUGCAUUUAAGUAUUUAUUUUUGCAAACCAAAAACAAGGUGUGCAAUUUAAGCAUUUUUGAAUAUUUUUUAUUCUCAAUUCCGAUUGGACGGAGUGGAGAUUGAAUGCUUAAUUUAUACUUCAUAUAUUUAUGAAUACAUUUACUUUAAACAUAAAUACUUCUUUUAUUUUACAUUUUUGGACUUUGCCUUCUGACGAGAUAUUUGUUCCCUUCAAAAAGACAUUUCAAAUUACAAGUUUCUCCGGAUAAUUCGUUCACGAUGCUUCCUUGGCUGGUUCCGUUUAGUUAGUACUUGAAAACUAACCCAAUCACUUCGUUACCUGGUUUGUUUAUUGAGUUUUUAUCUGGAAAAACAUCGAGCAUCUUUUCAACUGGAUUUAAAAAGAACAAAUGCCUUUGUAAAAAGAGAGAUUCCCAGUUAAUCUGAAAUAAAGCAAAUAUUGUUUUUAACUUCCUUCCAAAUCCGCUCUAAUUCGAACCCGGGGCUGAAAUUAAAUUGCGCUCAGAAGUCUUUCAUUUUGAGCCUAAAUCGAGAGAAGAGAAUUUCAGUGCACGCACGUACCCUCGGGGCUGGGUGACAAAAAGAUUUAAACCGCCUGUAAAUUCCGCCUUACUCCGGAUAGCUCUCCUUAGUCCAUUCUGGUCCCAAAUAGACUUCCUUCUGCCGGGUGGGCUUUAUUGAAUUAUUUACCCUCCCUCUCCUCGUUUUUCUAAGUCAUCAGAUGAUCAUCGCUUUUCAUCGGUCCAUAAUCGCCCUAAUCGCAUUCAGACGCAACAUUUAUUUUACUUGUAUUCCAUUAAGUAAAUUAAAACUUUCCUCUCCUUUUAAAAGCUAUCGAUAGUCUCAAAUUCCAAAGUUAACCAGAAAAAUAACGUUCAAGAGACACCUCAUAGCUUUAGGUAAACUCUAAUCAAACUUCAUCAUAUUACAAUUUUUCUCCUGUUUUCGUCUAAAAAAGAAGCAAAUACAAAUUAUACAAGCAUAAAAGCAACAAUAUUUGGUAAAUAAGUAGCUUAAACUAUUUAGUUUUCUUGCCUUCUUAUUGAUUCGUUAUGACGUGGUUUACCUUUGUUAUGACUACCAUCAUCCUUGCCUUCUUUUAUCCCCUCCUCAUUACCUCUGACGUCAUCAAGACCAAGGCGGGUUCUCUGCCCAAACCAGACGGAAUGGGUCUGCUUCUAGUGAGCGACGGUCAAGAGGUGGCCUUAGCAUGUGAUGUCUUUGGAUCCGAGGAGUCUGGGGGUCACAUCUCUUAUUCAUCGUCGUCGGCUAUUGGCGGUUCGGCGUCACCAAAUGGAGCUAAAAACAAUUUAGCGCCUGUUCAGUGGCACUACAAUACCUUGUCCAACAAUGCCUUGAAGUCUUUCAACCGACGUCUGAGUGCAAAUGGAUCACUGAUCAUUUCAAGUUUCAAUGGACUAACGGAUACGGGCACUUAUUACUGCUCAGUGCAAAAGGAUAAAAAUAGUCAAUUAAUGAGAUUCGGGAAAAGUUUGGUUCUGACAACACGAAAAUAUUUGCCUUAUCUUCCUGUGAUUGAACACGGGCCAAGGGACAAAAUAGCUCUGGCGGGGGAUACAGUUCGAUUUUCAUGUGAUGUUGCCCAGCAUAGAACACCAAACCUGGACUCCGAAAAAAAUUCUGACUCCGUGCAAACACCUCCUAAAGUGACUUGGUACAGAGAUGGGUUGCCUAUUGACUCCUCUAGAGGUAGUGGUAGUGGUGGUGGAUCUUCAGGAGUUGCAGUGCCUUCUAAGCCCCAUGCAAUUCUGGGCAGUGACCUCAUGUUGUUCUACGUGGACGGAACAAGUGUGGCACACUACUAUUGUGUCGUGUCUUCGUCUUUUUUCUCAUCAUCUUCAUCUUUGUCCUCUCAUUAUUCUGACUCUCAUCUGAAUUUCUCAGUGGCCAGUCAAGUCGCCUCUCUCUCCAUCUCAAGCUUGGGCGAAAAGUUUCGGGCAGUUCCCUCUCCUCUAAUUGAGGGCGUCGAGGGUAAAAUGGUGUCACUCUCGUGCAUAGCGCCAGUGGGCGUGCCCGAACCAAAAGUGUCGUGGCUCUUCGAACAAAAACCCAUCGACUUCACUUCUCGGCCUAAUGCAGUCUCUAGUUCCCAUGUCACGUGGGACGGGGUAGUGCGACAUGAACUAAAUUUGACGAAUUUGAGGAUUGAGGACGAAGGUCAGUACUCGUGUCUGGCUUCGAACCCUCUGAACAGGAAUAUCAAUGUGACCAGUGCUCCUUCUUGGCUGCAGAUCAAAACUGGACCUCGGUUUGCACAGCAGAUGAGUGAGCUGAUCCAGUACCACAGCAACUCCAACCUCGUGAUCAAGUGCAGUGCCUAUGCCAGUCCAGACCCACCCAUGAUCAGAUUCUUCUUCAAGGGCGAACGACUGCAAAACUCGUCAAGAGUGACAAUCACAGAGACAUUUCGGUUCCACACGGCAAAAGACAGGGAGUUUCGGCUAAAAGAAGCAUUUCUGCAGAUUUCGAACAUUUCUGCCGCCUCCGAUCAGGGUCCUUACAAGUGCCAGGCACUGAAUGCUGUCAAUAACAUCACCUCCCUCACUCGAUUGGAAAUAAUUGCCAAUCCGAUCCAAGUAUCCUGUACCGAGAACAUAGUUGCCACGGUGGGUACUGACGUCACAUUCGAGUGCAAAAUAGAGAACAAAAACAACUUCCCCACCCCCACCACUUACUGGGACACGCCUCAAUUUGGCAACGUGUUUCCGGAUGAAAACUUGAGCGACAGACUUCGCGUGUUUUCAAACGGGACUUUGAAGUUGAAGAAUGUGACUUUAGAAGACAGUGGCACUUUUAUAUGUUCUGUGUUGAUAUCGAGCGAGGUCGUACAGAAAACGGCCACUCUGGUUGUGAAAGCGAUCAAUAGUGAGCCCCUGCCUGUGAUCGUACUGAAACCACGUGACACCACAGCCUACGAAGGGGAUAAUGUGACUCUUCCAUGUGAGAUAGACAUGACCUCUGUCUCGUCUCUGUACAGGAACACAAACAGAUUCGCACUUGCGACUACAAGUACUCGGAGUAAAUCGUCUCCGACCAUCAAGUGGAUGAAAGACCUGAAAGUGGUGUACUCGUCAGAUUUGAAAGGAAUCGCUCUUCAGGGCGACGGAAGUCUAAGAGUGAACAACGUAAGCAAAGAUCACGAGGGAAAAUACACGUGUCUCGUUUCUAAUGGCAGUGGCGAAACGAUCGCUUCCGCAGACUUAGUAGUCAAGAGUGGAAAAAACCCAGCUCAGAAUUACGCAACAACCGAUGAUAUAUCUAGCCAUGAUGAUGAUGAUGAUGUAAAUCAUAGACCCGAUGAGUUUUACUUAGAAAGUGAGCCUCCGAGUGCUCCUUGGGUGUUGGAAGUCGUGAAUAGUUCCUGUCUCCGUUUGACCUGGAUCGCACCAAAAACAGCAGAUGUGCAGAAUUUGUACUACCAGAUUGAAAAAUAUGGGUUUGGCUCCAACAUGUGGAGUUGGGAAGUGGAGCGCACUCUUGCCCCUUCGCCCAUUCACACCGUAUGUCAGCUGGCAGAGGGGGUGGAGUACGUGUUUGUGGUCAGGGGGGCCCUUUCCCCACGCGCCACCGGAAGGGCCAGUCCCAUAUCUCAGAGAUUCAAGACUUACGAUUACAAGAGGGAAUCGUACCACUCGAAUGUGGAGCAGCGGGUGAAACUGAUGAAGCAGCAGAAGCUAUCUGCCACGCUAUCCUCCACUCCAUUCAACACCACUGCCAUAUGGGUAUCGUGGAAGAUUACGGGUGGUGAAAAUAUUCCAUCGGGGUAUCAGUUGCGCAUAUUCGAGUACCACGCCAGCAGCCGCCAACAAACAAGUGCAAGUGAGAUCCCGAUGACAGAAGACGUAGCCUUGUCAGCCAACAGACGCUCGUACAUCUUCGGACAACUAAGACCCUCUUUCAAGUACAAGAUCACUCUACAGCCCCACGUGGUAGGGUUAUUAGGACCCAUUGCAGAUUACACAGUUGCCAUGACUCAUUACGAAGUGCCUUCUACUCCGCCGAGUUCCAUUGAGGUGGUCAAAAAUAUAACUCUGGGUCAGUUGACCAUAACUUGGGACCCCCCUAUUGGAACACCCUCUGGGUCUCUCACCGGAUACCGAGUGACCUUGUUUGACCCCGACAGCAACACAAUCAUAAAAGCCCUCACGUUCGACAAUUCGACCAACGAAGUGUCGAUUGCGUCUUCGAAUCCCAGUGAGGAUGUGUAUGGAAGUGGGAGGCAGAUCGGAGUCUACGUGCAGGCUCAGUCGCCGGCCGGACUGGGACCGAGAAGUCAGCCGAUCAUAGUUGACAUGUCGGACGGAAGCACGAGGUCGAACAAGGGUGGCUUCUUGGUGCCCCUUGAGGACAGAAAUUGGAUGAUCCUCACCCUGGGAGGGUCCAUCUGGAUCUCACUACUCCUUCUACUCGGGGUGCUCUACUUCAAGUUCAGGCGGGACAAACUGACUCAUAGCAUACAGCCAUACUACAUACAUGCCAUGCACCCCUCCUCCAAGUGCUCUGCAAAUAACGAACAACUAGACCAGGACAUCUACCCGGCAUCCAUCAGCUGUCACCAACAACACCACAUGGCCCCCCUCGUGAUCAAAACAGGUAACGGAGGGGGCACUGCACCAGGUAGUCUGCACCAUCACCCACUUGGAGACCAGAUUUACUCGAGGAGUGAACGAAACUCGAUGAGUGCAUCCACCCAUUAUACACAUCUGGGGUCCAAUAUAUUUCAACCCAAUAUGUCUAACACAAUGCCCGGACAUGGCGAUUCAACAGGUUCGCAGAUUCUGAAUCGAAAUUCGAACCACUUCUUCGGGCAUCAAAUUGGUUCGAACAAAUUGGGCACCAUCGCAAUUUUCCCAACCAUUUCGUCCCACCAGCGAAACUCGCCGCUCGAAAUGCAAUCUUCCUCACCUGCUACAUCUCCGCGAAGCUCCGCCGCUUUUUCGGCCACUCCUGGCAACACUAGAUACCCUUCGGGGGCUUCGGCUGGUCACCCACUGGCGAUAUCUCUGCAUCACCAGAUGUCUCCCUCUGGCGUGGCUCUCUACACAUCGCCCACCGGGUCAUCCGCACCCGGGUCUCUCUACGCGGAAGUGACCGACUAUCACGCAUAUUUGCCGACGCCACAAGAUCAAUUUUCACCUUGUCCGCAGUGCAGUGACCCCUUGACCUCUAAGAAACAGUCUUUUAAGGGGUCAAACGAAAACAUGGAGUCUCAAUUCUGCUCGCCCGAAGAAGAUCAAACCUCCAACAACCAUAAACUUCCCUGCACAUGUUCAAGAGUCCCUAGGUAUCCCCCCAACGCUGGAAUAUUUCCCAUGAUGGGUCUCGGAGGAGGUCACGUCAGUUGUGCGGGUGGUGGUGGAGUUGCACCGGGUGGCGUGUUGAUUUCGCGCGUGCACCCUAUGCAACACCGGAGUGUGAUUGGAGUGGCCACUAAUGGGUCCUACUUGAAGUCCAGCAACAACCCCUCAUCCUCCGGGCGCGGCAGCUCCAGUGGGGGCAGUGCGUGUGGUGGGAUAGGGGGAGGGGGUCAUAGUGGAAAGGACAUGAGCCAUGAAAUCGACAAUUCUGAUUCCGGCCGAGUUCCUGUCAUGUAUUACGCAAACAUUUCAAACCAGCCUCAAUCUCUGCAACAACAACAGUUCGCAUCACAGGUGAGUUGCCAACCUCUCCUUACGAAUCUCAAUCACUUCCCUAUCACAUCCACGGGGCCCAACACCACGUCAGACUUCGAACUGGGGGCGAACAACGACUCCCUCCAAAAACAACACACACAAGCUAAUACAAGCCCAGCUGCUGCUAACUUCCCGAUGCCAAUGUACGACAUAGCCUAAGGAGCAUUUAGCCGAGAGAAAAUGAAAUAUUUAGAAAAAACUCAAGUAAACUAAUUCUGGAGUAGCAUAAAUUAAGUAUAAAUCACUGUAGUUAUAAGUUGAAUGAGCCAUCACAUUAGAAAUACACCUGAGGUCUUUUGAAAGGCCCAAAUUUAUUCAACAGUUGAAUUAAAUUUUA